AUGACGAGAAAACUGAAAGCAAAAACAGAGCAUCAAGACGAGAAGAAAAUUGAGCAAGGAGAGAAGAUAAUUAUGGAUAGAAAGGAGGCUCCUUUGAAUGACAAUGAGUAUAAGAAGUCCAGUAGAAGAUCUCACAGGAAGCAUAGGAAGCAUUCUCACUCUAUCUUGGGUGACCAUGAUAGAAGGAAAGAGAAGAAAUCCAAGAGAAAGGCAAAGAAAUGGUCCUCAGAAUCUAGUGAUGCUAGUAAUGAUGAAUACGAUAGUAUCUUUGAGGAAGAGAGGAGAAGAAAGAAGAAUGCAUAUCUGAAAUCACAAGCUGCUCAGAACAAGUUUAUUGGAUCUAAGAUGCUAGGCACCACUCUUAGUUUAGCAAUGAACUUCUUGAUCCAAACGGCUUCCUUAGCUGUAUCUGAUGCUGCUAUAUACUUAGCUUCUGUUGUAGAAUCAGCUGUUGUUCUCUGCUUUGAGCUCUUCCAGCUCACUGCCCCAUCAUUUAAGGUGAACACAUAUCCUGAUUGCAAUUUAAGGUCAUCUUGGUCAAUUUGA